AUGGCACCAGUAACGCUAAAAACGGUCGAUGACGACCUCAAAGACGUGAUCCAACACCUAUUCGAGAUCCAGUCCGCCGUCCAUGGCUAUCUAGGCCCUGAAACACAGCAAGAGCUUGUGCGCAAAAUCAAAAACCUUACCAUCGCCCUCUCAACCUUAUCAACACACACCCAGCUUCCACCAACACAAGAGAACCAGUCGGACGCAAACACAGACCCCUCCAAUCCCACACUAGCUAGCGUUCAGCUCCCGCCAGAAAUCAUCGACUACGUCGACUCCGCUCGCAAUCCGGACAUCUACACGCGCGAGUUCGUCGAGCUCGUGCAGCGCGGGAACCAGGAUCUGCGCGGAAAGCGUGAGGCUUUUGCGAGCUUUCGCGACGUACUGGCGCGCGAGAUGCGUAGCGCUAUGCCUGAGUGUCGUGGCGAGGUCGAUCGCGCUGUCGCGGUGAGCGGGGGUACUGUCGAUGGGCCUGGUGGGGUUGCUGGAUCUGGGUCUGGUAGGAAUUGA